UUUGAUUCACGAGUUUCGUGAACAUAUUUAUUGCGUAGAAUGAUCAAAUGAAUGAAACUAACAAUGGUAACAUAUUCAAUAUGGCUUUCAUGGGCAGUUAGAGACAAUGCUUUCAAGGCUUAGAAACUAUGACCUUGACCUACAUAAUGAGAUGAAAUCCGCCAUUGUUGCCACAAGUAAUUUUGAGAUUUAGCGGCGUCAGACAAUGGCAUCUCCAGAGGUGAUCUCCAUCACAAACACAAUAGCGAAGACAAAGCUACAAAGCUUGAGGGCCAACUCCAGGUUUACUGAUAUUACAUUUGUAUGUGCUGGCAAUGAAUGGGUACAUGCUCACAGGGCAGUUGUAUGUGAGUAUAGCAGCUAUGUACUAAUGUUGUCAGAGUCUGGAGGGAAAAAUGUUGUGAUCGAUUUAUCAAAGCUAGGCUUGGAUGUCAGAAAGGAGCUAAUGUCGCUGACUGUUGAUUUCAUGUAUGGAAUGGAUUUGACGAUAGCUCUAAGUGACCUAUCUACUUUAAUGGUGCUUGCAAAUAGACUAAACAUGCUGGAGUUCAUAUCUGCUAUAGAUUGUGCAAUUUCAAGCCCAACACCAUCUGAACCUCAUGAGCAAACACAAUGGCAAACGAAUGAAACUGUCACAACUGCUGACCAGACAAACAUUAAGAUUGAGGCUAAAGAUGUUGACUUUAAUGAACAAUACGAAUAUGGUAUGGAAACAACAGAUACCACUGAUGUAAACAUGGACAAUUAUCAACAUCUUAAUUCACUGCUUUCAACUCCUAAGGAGGCAUUAGACCUUCCAGCAAAGGUUGAGACAAUUGAAAGGUUGAAACAGUCUGUAACACCACCUGUUACCAAUAAACGCAAACGUGUUCAGCCGCGACAGAUUGUUGAGGCACCUUUGCAGGAAUCUCGUAGUGGAAGAAAGAUUAAACCUGUACCUAGGAUGGACCAAGAUGAUGUUGAUGAUGAUGAUGAUGAUGAAGGCGCUAUUGCUAUGGGAAGUGAUGCAGAUGAGACUGACGAAUAUGACCCUCUAGAUGAUGUGAAUGCUGAUGAGUCCUAUGAACCAGAUAAGAAACCAGAUAUCAAGAAACUCAAGAUAAAUCUUAAAGAUAUCAAGCCCAAGAAACCAAGAAAAACCAGAAUAAAGAAACCAAAAUUAGAGGCCCCUCCUUUAACGGCUGAACAGAAGAAGUUAAAGAAAUACGUUUGUUCAGAAUGUGAUCCGGAAGUCAGAUUUUCUACGUGUGCAAAGCGUCGUAGGCACUACAGUCAAGUACAUGGAUUGUUUGGGUGCAGAAAAUGUUCCGACAAGUUUCAAUCACAGGAGGCGUUGGACCAGCAUAUCUUGACACAUGGAGUCUGGCAAGAAUAUGAUGAUAAAAUGAAAGAAACUGAUGAUGAUAGAUGGUUUAAUUGUGAUGCAUGCAGUGUUAGGUGUGAUACCCGGGCUGUGUUAAAGCAACAUAUGAAUAUAGUUCAUAAUGUAGACAACCCCUACCAUUGUACAGCUUGUAGAAUGUGGUUUGUCACAGAAAAUGCUUAUUUUGACCAUCGGAAUAAUCGAUUGUCAUGUCAUAGCCGUAAAAACAGGGGAAACUCACUGGCAAUAGUGACUUGUAAACAAUGUGGCAAAACAAUGAAGGCUCCACAACUGAAGAAUCAUAUGAAACUACACACAUGCAAGGAGGAGGAUAUAGAACACGAUGUUGACAAGUACUUUGCUAAGAAAAUAGAAGUUGAGGUUGAUGGUGAGAUGACCGAGCGCUAUCAAUGCCACUACUGUGACAAUAUAUAUGACUCUGAGGCAACAGCUAAUAACCACUUACAUAGACACAUCAACCUUUUUAUUUGCAAAAUAUGCAAGAUGACUUUCAUUUCAUUUGCUUUAUGGAGGGUGCAUGGUAAUGUUCAUGGAGACCCAAAGUACAUUUGUCAUAUAUGUGGUUCCCAGUUCAAACACAGAUCACAGCUUACCAGUCACAAAGAAAUACACAUAGCUCCCAUUGUAUGUGAACUUUGUGGUAAGCACUUCAAGACCAAGCCAAACCUUCUUAAUCAUAAAAGAGGUGUUCACGAGCAGACAACUGAACGAUUUCAAUGUGAUCAAUGCCCUCAGAUUUUUCACCUGAAGAAUAGACUAAACAGGCAUGUCCUUAGUCAUUCAAAACCAUUCCAUUGCACAUACUGUGACCAACGGUUUGGGUAUAAGAAAUACCUUAUCCAGCAUGUAAGGAUCCACACUGGAGAAAAGCCAUAUAAAUGUAGUACAUGUGGAGUGGGUUUCAGGCAAAAGAAUAGUCUAAAUGUUCAUAAUAAAUCCCACCAUUCCAAUCUAGAAAAAAGACAGUUUUCAAGUAAUGAUUCAUUUUAGUAUUUAUUUAGGUACAUUUGCCCUUGUUUUUUUAAUUAUUUCACAAAAUUCGAUAUGCCUAUUUAUCAAUCAUAUUUUCAUUUUAUAUAAUACUAGUUUUCAGUAUUCCUAACAUUGAUUUUAGAGGCAGACAAACUAUAUGAGAGUCUUUGUUUAAAUGAACUUUUGUCAAAACUCACGCCACACUCACUAAUAUAUGUUUUUAAUGUUUUGAUAUUGUUGCCCGGUAGGAUCAUGGAAAACAAUAUUUCAAAAAAUCCAUGCUUUUAAAAAAUUCUAAACCUCCUUAAAUCCCCACUCUUACUAGGGAUCAGGUGUUGGAUAUUCUAGAUUUGAAAUGAUUGAAUUAUAUAAAUAUAUAUUUUACCAUUGUAUACAAUUUUAUCCUUGAACAAAAUAUAUGAUUGUAAUGUAAAUUCAAAAGUUAUCUUCUUUUAAUGUUUUUACAUUUCAAAGUUUUCAGCAUUUAAGAAUUAAAUGGUUAAGUGAUAGAGGCUUAAGAUGAUUGAGAUAAUGCAGGGUUUAGAGUUAAAUGUGAGCUUUGUUGAAACAAAGUUUGAAUACAG